AUGUUGUCGAUUAACAUCCCUUCCUACACAAAACCGUCCGGCUACCAACUUUCCGAACUGCCCAAGCCGGAAGUUCAGGACCCAAAAGAUGUCCUCAUCAAAGUCCACGCUGCCAGUAUAAAUCCAAUCGACGUGAAAAAGGCCGAUGGUAUCUUAAAGUUCCUGCAGAAAGACGCUUUUCCGUACAAGAUCGGCUAUGAUUGCGCCGGUACAGUCGCCGAGAUUGGAUCAGGCGUGACGCGGUUUAAAGUCGGAGAUGCAGUCUAUGUUAGAUUGCCGGAGGCGAGUCGAGGGGCGUGGAGCGAAUAUGCCAAAUGUCCAGAGGACUACCUCGCUCUCAAACCACAGUCGUUGUCAUUUGAGAGCGCAGCCUCGAUUCCAUUAGCUGGAAUGACAGCUCUGCAGGCGCUGAGGAAAUAUGAUGGCGAUCUUUCCGGAAAGACUGUAUUUGUACCCGCUGGAUUGGGCGGAACCGGCCUAUACGCCUGCCAACUUGCAAAGCAUGUUUUUAACGCCGGGAAGGUGAUCACAACCGUCUCGACAUCGAAAGUUGCCAAGGUGGACGAGCUCUUAGGAGAGGGAACCGUCGAUCAGAUAAUCGACUACAAAAAGGUCGACCCAAAGACUGCGAUUGAGCACGGUACUGUUGAUUUCUUGUUCGACACUGCCGGCGUCGCCAUGGAUUACCUUUGUUUGAUGCGACCAAAGACCAGCUGGAUUGUGUCUAUUGCAACGGCACCUUCAGGGAGCCAAGUACAGGAUUUUCUUGAGCGCCCUGUCCCAAUUUAUGUCAGACUCGGGCUGAAUUUGCUGGAUUCCAUCCGCAAGAUGCGCGCUCGACGCUACGGUGUCAACUAUACAUACAUGUUCCUGCAUGAGAAUGGCAAGGACUUGGACGCGAUGCGGGAAUAUGUUGAGGAAGGUAAAUUAAAGACAGUCGUGGGCACUACAGUGGAUAUGUCCGAUAUUCAGGCCGUGCGAGCCGCCUGUCAGGUUGUAUACAGCAACCAAGGGGGCCUUGGAAAGGCUGUGAUUAAAGUUGCUCAGUCCGAGAAUUGA